AUGGCCUCACCAGAUUCAUUUUUCUCUAGCUCUCCUCAGAGCAAGAGUACUGUUUACACUCCUAGGAACAGCCCCAUUGGCGAUUAUGUCCAAACAAGCACACCAUCAUCCCUGAUUCUUUCUCCCUCCGAGGCCCAUUAUGCUGGUUGGGGAGCACUGCCUACUCACUUGCUCGACUCGCCCCAGCCCGCGAAGCUCCUAACAUUUCGUGGCACCGAGUCGAUAACUCGCCGCCAAGCUCAGGAUCUGGAGGAGCUCAGGGGGAAGCUUCGUGCUGCAUUGAGUAUUACAUCGGGCUUUGAAAGUCCUGAUCCAAUUUCCGGGGUAACUGCCCUGGAUCAUGGUUCCAUGUCUAAUUCUCCCAACUCAUCUUGCCAUGAUGCCUCUCUCGGAAGCCGGAAUUUCGCUGGACGUGUGUUGGGUAGAUCAAGAUAUCUUCUCGACCGGCUCACUUGCCCUUCUAAUACGAGCAGCUGUACAUCGCAGGCCAGAGCCCAAGCGCCACCGUUGGAGCAUCAGGAAAGUCGGAUUCUCAAAAUUGGUGGGAUUCCUUUGGGGGCAACUUCAUUGCUGCUCUUUGAUAAACUAUCCGUUAGCCACCUUCCUCGGCUUUUGCUUUCGGUGCCGCAGAAUACUGAUGGUGUGAAGGAAUUCGGUGACAUCCGAGAGAUCUAUACCAAGGAUCUAUUACCGGACGGCUUCUGUGUCGUUUCGUAUUUUGACCUGGGAGAUGCGGUUCGAGCAUUUGAGAAACUCCAGAUGGAAGGUAAUCUGGUCGUGCAAUAUUGCCCUGAAGGUUAUGUGUCUAUGGUGAGUAGGUACUGGGGAGAUAUGCUGGGAGCCCCGGCUGACCAAGUGAGUUGGCAAACAUUUCCAUAGGAGGUAGUUUUGGAAUCACUGCCAGCAAUAAUAAGUCAGAUCUCACAUGCGUCCUAUACUCCGGAGGGCAGUUGCGUUGGUCUUCCAGCCAGCUUUUCCACAUUCUGUCCACAUUUGGAGCCCUCUGCAAGUUUACGGCAAUUGAGGGCUCUCACCCUCCAACCUUCUUGGUUUGUUUUAAUAACUAUACCCACGGCGGUGAGACAAUUGAUGCUCUGGAUGGGCAAUACGCUGCGGGACUCCGUAUGGGGCUGGGGUAUGCUGGUACCGGCCACCAGGACUCGAAGGCUCGAGCUAUCAUAACGCAAUAUCGGGAGCAGAACCUGAACAACGGUGGGAAAAGCCAGGCCAAAGGGCUCGAUUAUCCUCAGGCGCUAAGCGCCCAAAACCACUCCGCCGCAGAGAGGGAUUCUCUGGGAGUGAGAGGCGGUCACUCUGUGUUCCGGUUGGAGGGUGAUGGACCUCUUAGGCAUGACGUGGUUUGCCCUAAGCACUUGAUAUCUGGUGGUGGCGGCCUAAUGGCUGGUUGUGACGACAGCGGUACAAAUUCCACUAGUAAUCCUGACCACGGGGCCCUUCGAUCAAUGAAUCCACUGGCGAGCUCAGUGGCGCCUACCCUGACAUCGCAGGAUGUCGAAGAAGAAGGCUUGCCGUAUUAUAGGGACACUAUAUCUCAGGGAGGAGAUGGCAUGCACAACCAGCUACAGGUGCCUGGGAAGAAUGUAAUCGAUUUAGAACGUAUUGAACGUGGGCUAGAUACAAGAACAACGGUACGCUAAUGGAUUGACGAAAUUCUUGUUAUCACUGGCUGUUAGGCUGACCCAGUUGUAGGUUAUGCUCAGGAAUAUCCCGAAUAAAGUUGAUCAGGCGAGUAAAUCUAAGUUUAUCAGCGAGUUUCGUGUAAGCUAAAGGGACAAUAGCAAACUCUGAAGGAAUAUGUUGAUGCAACGAGCAAGGCUCAGUAUAACUUUCUCUAUUUGAGGAUAGGCAAGUGACACCUAUCGCAUCCGGUUUAUUUGUCAUGGCUAGGGGUUGACCGAUUUCCUCAGACUUUAGAAAUGUUUGCAAGUAAGUGAGAAAGGAGUAAUCUGAUCAAUACGGGGCUCGGUGCCUCUCUAUAUAUGGGUUGAACUGACUGAUGGUAAAAUUAGUGUUGGGUAUGCGUUCAUCAACUUUAUAGAUGUGAGCACCGAGCGAAUCUGGGUGACGAUGUAUGGAUUGCGAGCAACUAACUAAAUUUCUAGCCACUCGACAUCAUUGAGGUAUGUAAACUGUAACCUGGCUGGAUUGGGGGCGAAGGCAUUGCUGCUGAUGGCAAGGCAGUUUGUCAGGGAAAAAUCGGGCACUAGGUGGUAUGUGGAUCUUAAUGUGGUCACAACUCCACUUAGCUAAUGUGCGUAGGAACAAGUUUAAUUCGGAAAAGGUUCUUGAUGUGACCUACGCAAGUUAGUCUCCUCGUGAAAUUUUUAGGGCAGAUGAGGGGACCAACUGACAGGCAAGUUAGACAUUCAAGGCAUUGAUCAGUUGGUUGAAAAGUUUCGCAAUAGCUCUGUGAUGGAUCAGGAUCCGUCCUACAGACCUAAGGUAUAAGAGGGAACCAAAGAUUUGCUGAUGGUUUAGAAUACAUUUGACGUUUUCAAUUGUCUAGCUCUUCCACUCUUCGGGGCCACUUAUUGGUAGGUUAUAGGAUGUUAGAUGUUGAUUGGGGCAGAAUGCAAAUGCUGAUCGAUCCAGGAACUGAAGUGGAGUUUCCCGCGGCCAAUAACAUUUUGAAAAAAUGUCGGAGUGUCUCUGCAGCGCAACAAAUUGGUAAGAUAUUCGCCUCCCAUCCGCGAGCAGAGGACUGAACGCCGGAGUAGGGCUUUUUGCACCAAAGAUGUCGAAGGGAGUUUGGCGCAAACGUGAUUAGUCCUACCGGAUUCGAUGGUUCUAUUGAACUGUCAUUUAGAAAAAGGUCUGGUGUGCUUGCGUAAAAGGAUACUUAUGUGGUGGUAGCGGUUGCAGAGGUGGUGGAAUUUUUAAACUGAGUUCAUUGAAAUUAGGACGUUGUGCAGGAUGUCAAUCAAAACUAGGAAGUUGGUUUUCCUCUGGUGGAUGGAGUAGAGGAAAAUGGUAGAUUUGCUAUAGACAUCAUGAUUUCGUGCU